AUGCCUCGUUCAAGUGGACGAUCCUCUGGCGGCCGCCCCGCCCCUUCGCGCUCUGGCCUAUCGGGCUCGCGAGGUGCUCACACCAUGGCCGCCCCGCAACAGCAGCAGCACCAGCAGCCUCCUCAGGCAUACACACAACAGCAGCCCGCUAUGGCACAGCAGUCGCCUGGUCCCGGUCUCUUCGGUCAGAUGGCCUCCACCGCCGCUGGUGUCGCUGUCGGCUCGACCAUGGGUCACGGUCUCUCCAACAUGCUUUUCGGUGGUAGCGGCUCUGCCCCUGCUGAGGCUCAGCAGGCACCACCCCAGGCUUACGACCAGGGCGCCUACGCCGGUCAGCAGCAGCAGAACAUGGGUGUCAGCUGCGAGCAGCAGAGCAAAGACUUCAUCAAGUGUCUCGAGAGCACCAACGACAUGAACUCGUGCUCGUACUACCUCGAGCAGCUCAAGGCUUGCCAGGCCGCUGCCCGGCCUUACUGA